CCCGGUAGCACGCAUGGCGGGGCUAUGAGCAUCUGAUCCCCCCCCCCGCCCUUUUCCUGGGAUCCAAGACGUGACAAUGUGGAUACAUCAGUUUUUAGUUACUAGGUCAGGUUGCCCUGUACGAAGCCAUGCUUGGAUUUUAAUAGCCAUGUUUCGACUUGCCAUGGAUUUCACCUCCUGCGAAUCUCUGAGCCAGGGGCAUAAGCUCCGGCUCUUGCAAAGACCUGUUAACUGGUAUGAAUUUCCCCAUAGUUCUUUGUGGCACCUUAAAGCCGGGCAACAAACGAGGAGUCGGGGGCUUCUGGGAAGCCGGGCGUUUCCUUAUUUGGAACAGUCUAAUGGACCAAUGCCCACAUAUCAUUCCAAAAGGCUGCACAAAGCUGUGGACCUCCUCUGGAAAAGCGGGUGGCCUAAGCACUUUGUGGAAUCGAACCCUUCCUUGGCAGAGUAUCGGGCUUAUUUGAAACGGAGGAAAAGGAACAUCCAGGGAAUCAUCAACCCCACGGUGGAGAACGGGGUGAUUGUGUGGGGGUCGACGAGCCCUUUGGAGUCCUUAGAAACGGAUACACUUCCUCACACCAGCACCAAAAGGAGUACGCCGACCAUCACCACCACCACCGUUGUCACCACCACCACCCCAGCUGCUUCCACAACAGUACCACCCAAAGGACCUGGGCCGGGGACUGGCACGCACAAGAACAACCCCGGUACUCGGGUCAGCACAAUGGAACCACCUGCCACCCCCAAUGGGAACGGGAAAGAUGUCGACGUCCCUCCACCUAAGCUACCGGGGGAGACUUCAGGUUUGGCCGUCCAUCAGAUUAUCACCAUCACAGUCUCUCUCAUCAUGGUCAUAGCUGCUCUGAUAACGACGCUCGUCUUAAAAAAUUGUUGUGCGCAAAGUGGAAACCCCAGGAGGAACAGCCACCAGCGCAAGAUCAACCAGCAGGAGGAAAGUUGUCAGAAUCUGACGGACUUCACUCCGGCCCGCGUGCCCAGUAACUUGGACAUAUUCACGGCCUACAAUGAAACGCUGCAGUGCUCUCAUGAGUGUGUGCGGACACCCGUACCAGUCUAUACCGAGGAGACGAUACUUCCUCCAGGGGAUUAUAAAACAUCCUUCAAUGGAAAUAGACCCUCCUCUUCCGAUCGGCAUCUAAUUCCUGUGGCCUUUGUGUCUGAGAAAUGGUUUGAAAUCUCCUGCUGACCGGCCGAAGUCUGUUUUACUUCCUGGGGGCAGGGCAGACGCCAUGUUCUAUUUCCUGGAUUCCACUGGUGAACCUGUAAAAAAGAAAAUUAAAAAAUAAUGGGUUAUCCAUACCUACUUUUAGUGUUUACUGAUGGAAGACUCAAAGAGCAGCCAAAUAUAUUUUUAUAUAUGAAGAAGGGACUUGCCCCUACAAGUGACUGCAUUUUCAAAGAGUGCAUUAUUUUUUGUGGGAGAAGGGCGGGAACGGUUGGGUGGGGGUGGGGGGGGACAGGACAAAUCAACAUGCAAGUCAAAGCAAGAGGAAAGAAGAGAGAAGCAAAGCUGGUCGGAGCCACUGCAAAUGUCUGGGACAUCUGGACUGUGAUUGUUUUUCUGAACCUUUGCCAAUAAUACCAUUAUGUGCCAUGAACCUGGGGGAAGACUUCUCGAGAAACCGAAGCUAAGUGGAUUUCAUGUCAAAAACCGAAAUGAGGGGUAGGGGGUAUCUCUUCUAAUAAAGUCAGUAUUUCUGGUUACUAUA